AUGGCGCCCGACAGGGACCCCUUGGUAGUCAGUCACGUCAUAGGCGACGUGGUAGAUGCCUUCACCAGAUCAGCCGCACUCCGGGUUGCCUUCGCCGGCCGGGAGGUCACCAACGGAUGCGAGUUCAAGCCAUCGGCCGUCGUCAACCCGCCGCGGGUAGACAUUGGCGGAGAUAGCAUGAGAUCCCUCUUCACACUGGUACAUAAUAUCCUCUUAGAUCCCCUUAGAAAGACCUCCCUCCCCCCCCGCAGAUCAAACCCCCGAUUAUCUCUCCUGGGCCUACAAUAUAAGCUUCGGCUUAGUUUUCGACCCUCUCUCUCAGAAAUAGUCCCACAUUCGCCGACGAAAACUAAAACUAAGGUUUGAUUUUAUGGCUUACGCUACUCACGGAUGAUUAUCAGUUUGAUGGAGACUGGCUCCUCUCUGCGUGUUUACUCCGGCAGGUGAUGGUUGACCCUGAUGCCCCCAGUCCAAGCAAUCCCACAUCGAGGGAGUACCUGCACUGGUGAGCUCUCUCACUAGCCUCCUCUGGGGUUCCAAUGGGAGAUGGAGAAUAUGAACUCAUCUGAUGUUCCCCUGGCAGGUUGGUGACGGACAUCCCGGGGACGACCGGCCCGAGCUACGGUGAGUCCGAUGAGCAGCCCCCGCUUUGUCCGGGUGGCGACGGGUCGUUUGAUUGCCAGAAAAUGGUGAAACUUGUGGGAGUAUCGAUCGGGUCAGCCACGCCUCAAAAGUCAACCCCGGAAGAAAAAGGGGACUGGCCCGUAGCAGUUGUCGGGCUUUUCCAAGAGUCUAGAGCCCCUUUUCAGGGCCAUAUAGUUUUCCUUCUGAUCGAGCACCCAGACAGCCUCUCUCUCUCUCUCUAUAUAUAUAUAUCUCCCCCUAGGGAUCGUAGGUCUGCCUAGGGAUGUUCUAACCAAACCUAACCCAAUCCAAGCCUUCUUUGACCAACUGUUCAUCCGAAGAACGAGAAUAAAGGGCCAAUAAUGGCUUACUCUCUCCCUCUCCCUCUCUUGCUGCAUGGAGGAAGGAAUGGGGAGGAGGCAGUCCGAUGGUUUUCAUGCAGGGUACGAUGGUUGAUGAUGGUCCGAUGGUUUUCAUGCAGGGUACGAGAUCGUCUCCUACGAGAGCCCCCGGCCGGCGCUGGGGAUCCACCGGAUCGUCUUCCUUCUCUUCCGCCAGAGCUGCCGGCAGGCGGUGUACGCCCCGGGCUGGCGGCAGCAGUUCAACACCAGGGACUUCGCCGAAGUCUACGACCUCGGUCCCCCCGUCGCCGCCCUCUACUUCAACUGCCAGCGUGAGGCGGGCUCCGGAGGCCGGAGGUUCAGAUAG